AUGUUUUAUCAAACAGAGGUCAAACUUACCAAAAGUGACACAUAUCUCAUAAGUCGAACACAAACUGAAAAUGCCUUAGCAGAGAAAAAACGACAAAAAAGACAAACAUCAAUACAUAAAACACUACAUAGCACAGUACAUAAAACAGUACAUAAAACACUACAUAGAACAGUACAUAGAACAGUACAUAAAACACUACAUAGAAAAGUACAUAAAACACUACAUAAAACAGUACAUAAAACACUUCAUAGACCAGUACAUAAAACAGUACAUAAAACACUACAUAGACCAGUACAUAAAACAGUACAUAAAACACUACAUAGACCAGUACAUAAAACACUACAUAGACCAGUACAUAAAACAGUACAUAAAACACUACAUAUACCAGUACAUAAAACACUACAUAGACCAGUACAUAAAACACUACAUAGACCAGUACAUAAAACAGUACAUAAAACACUACAUAUACCAGUACAUAAAACACUACAUAGACCAGUACAUAAAACACUACAUAGACCAGUACAUAAAACAGUACAUAAAACACUACAUAGACCAGUACAUAAAACAGUACAUAAAACACUACAUAGACCAGUACAUAAAAUACUACAUAGACCAGUACAUAAAACAGUACAUAAAACACUACAUAGACCAGUACAUAAAACACUACAUAGACCAGUACAUAAAACACUACAUAGAAUAGUACAUAAAACACUACAUAGAACAGUACAUAAAACACUACAUAAAACAGUACAUAAAACAGUACAUAAAACAGUACAUAAAACACUACAUAAAACAGUACAUAAAACAGUACAUAAAACACUACAUAGACCAGUACAUAAAACACUACAUAGACCAGUACAUAAAAUUCUACAUAGACCAGUACAUAAAACACUACAUAGAACAGUACAUAAAACACUACAUAGAACAGAACGACUGAGCUGCAUGAACCAUACCAACAGUCGGGUGUAG